AUGCAACUCUACACAAAAAUUUCCCCACAAAAUAGACCAAAAAUUCCAAGACUGAAGGGGUCACGCAACAUCCAUGAGAGUGUAAAGGAGGUAAAUAAAAUAAUAAAAUCAACCCUAAAAAGAAACUCCACCCUCGAAGAAGUGGUAGACUGUGUAUUUGCUGGAGCUGUUACAGUUUGUCAAGAAAAUAAAAUACAUAUCACCAGUAGACAGCCAAAACCAAAAGAAGACAAGGAACCACCAUGGAAACAACGCCUGGAAAAAAAGAUAAAUACUAUUAGAAAACAAAUUGGAAAGCUUCAUACUUACCUGAACACGAACUCACCAAGCAGAAAAACAUCCAAAAAGGUCGCACGCAUAGCAUCCGAAUUCCGCAUCAAAAGCAUCGGGGAACGGUUCAAACAAGAUCUCACCAAAUUAUGUGACACCCUGAAACAAAAAGUUAAAGCAUUAGGUAAUAGAAUCAGGAGGUAUAAUGAAAGAUCCACGCGGUACAAAAACAACCAGCUGUUUUAUAAGAACCAAAAACAAUUUUACAGACAACUUGAAGGAACAACAACAACCGAGGAAGAAUUUCCGACACCGCAAGACAUGCAUGCGACAUGGAAGGAAAUAUGGGGUCACGCAGUGGAACAUGAUGAUGAAGCUUCUUGGAUCAGGGAAGCGGAGACGGAAGCGGAGAAAUAUGCCAUGGAAGAAAUCACCAUAACGGAAGACGACAUAAAAGCCGUAUUGAAAAAGUCAAACAACUGGACUGCACCGGGACCAGAUGGAAUCCAUAAUUAUUGGUGGAAAAACUUUGACUCCACACAUGAACAACUAUCGAAAUUAUUCCAGAAGGCGCUAACGGACCCGUCACAAAUACCUGAAUUCUGCACACUUGGAAUAACUCACAUGAUCCCUAAGGGAACAAAAAACGGAGACCCUACGAACUAUAGGCCAAUAACAUGUCUACCGGCAAUCUACAAAAUACUUACCGGAACACUAACACACCAUAUCUGGAAACAUGUGGCAAAAAAUAAAAUACUAGCCCGUGAACAGAACGGAUGCCGAAGAGACGCAAGAGGGUGCAAGGAACUGCUUAUUGUUGAUGCACUCGUCACGAAGCAGGCUAAAAAGAAAUUGAGAAAUCUCUCCAUGGGGUGGAUUGACUAUAUAUGA